AUGACGGCGAGCCUCUUGACGGCCCUGGGGCUGGCCGGGCACGAACUCACGAUCACCGAGGUGGUGGAGGGAACCUACCGUCGCCUUGGGAGGAUUCAGGCGCACCAGCGCCGGCUGGCGACUGCUUGGACGGUUCAGUACCAGGUGGUCACAGCCCUCAGCCGAGCAAACACACUGAGUGAGGCAGUGGCUGAUAUUGGGCAGGACCUGGCCAGCUUCCAGGCCAUUCUUGCCAGUGCCUUCUCAGCCGCCGGUGUGGACGACAGCUCCCUAAUGCUGAGCAGCUUCGGGGCCGUUUCGAUGCAGGUGCAGGCUCGUUCGGACGACUCCCAGAUCAAAGAUCCGGACACGUCGGACCCGAAUGUCACAGUGGACGCAAGUAAUGCUACU